AUGGAGGUCAAUCGUAACAUUCGUUGGACAUCUACCGGAAGAGUCCUUUAUAUCACCUUGGGAUUAUCUUAUUUACAGCUCUCACUUGCACAAACAUUCUACAGACCAUUACCAAGGUGGGCUGCAGGUUGUGGACUGAUUCCUGGGACACUUUAUUGCUACGGAGGUGAAGAGAGUCCUGGGAGACGCCUUAACAGUCUUUUGGCUCUUAACCUCAAGAAGCCCUGGAGUAUUACUGCCCCAGAGUGGAGAGAGGUUCCCUUUAAAACCGGAGACACUUCUGAUGACGUUCUGAUCAAGCAGCCAGGCAAUCUUUUAACCGAGCCUAUUCCAAUGUCUUAUUUCGACGCCUCUAGUUUACCCGAUGGAUACCGGAUCGUAACAAAUGGUGGAUCGACAGUCGACGCAGCAGGACUAGGACUUCGAACUCUGAUAUAUGACACUAAAACAAACCAAUGGUCGGCACCAAUGUACGGAAAGGCUGUUAAAUCUAUAGGAAGAAGAAGGAAACAACAUACAUCAACUAUAGAUGCCCACGGUCACAUUUGGAUGUGGGGAGGAACCAGUGAUAAUACAACAUCCAUUGGACCCACUGUCUAUUACGAUUCUUGGGUAAUGGUUGAUUCUAAUACUUGGACAUACAGUUAUCCAAUCCCUCAGAACGCACCUCCUUUGCCACGAAUCGACCAUUCAGCCACUCUUAUCAAUGGAAACCAGAUCCUUAUUAUGGGUGGAAUGACAUAUGCACGAAAUGUCACUGAUCCAGACGGAAACUUUGCUCUCAACCCUGUGUCAAUGGGAACACUACUGGUCUACGACAUCGUUUCUAGUCGUUGGUCGAACAUCAGCGCAGGAGGAAACAUCCCUGCUCCAAGAAGAGGACACUCUGCAGUACUUAGUUCUGAUGGUUUACGGGUCAUUCUGUUUGGAGGAGGGCGGCCACUACUGGGGAGUAAAUUAGAUUCAGACGAAGUAUUUAACGACGUGUUUAUUUUGGAGCUUGACACCAUGCGCUGGACUGCACCUUUCAUAGGUGGUGUUCCUCCAACUCCCCGAAAAUAUCACAAAGAUGAUCUUAUGUUGAUCGUCUUUGGAUUAGAUGUGAGCGGCAAAGGAAGCAGUGACACCGGUAUCUUGAGUAUCGCUGCUGGAUCCUGGAUUACCCAAUACACACCCAACAAUCUCUUGUCAGCCGGAGGAUCUGAUGGAAGCGGUCUAAACGGACAGGGUCGUCCAAUAGGUCCCUAUGGCUCAUACGCAAACCACUACUCUAACAUCAAGGCAGGAAUUGUUGCAGGAAUCAUCUGUGCUAUUGUCAUAAUGAUGUGUGGUAGCAGUGUAGUCCUUUUUGGAAUGUACCUCUAUCGAAGAAAGAAGACCUACAACGAGAAUGCUAGCAGUAACGCUAUUGACCCUGAAACCUAUGGCCACGUCAAGUAUGCACUCCCAAAUGAAAUCAAGUCAUCUUCUAUUCUCCACCCAAGGUCUCCACAGUUGACCCAGGAUAAUUACGACAAGCCAAAUGAACAAAGUCUGUCUUGA